AUGGCUUCAACGCCUUCGAGAGGGCAAGGUCCGUCGAGACGUGAAAUAUUUGAGGCCAGCUUCACGGGAGCACAGGAUCGCCCGUGGAUCCCCCGCCUGCGCUCCGAUCCAUCCGCGUAUCACCCCGUACCACACAACCUCUGCGAGUUCAGAGAACUCGAGGGCAAGGAGGCUCGCGAACGCCGCCUGCGGCGGCUGUGGAGCACACUGCCCAAGAAUCGGGGGAUCAACCAUGACGAGUCGGAGGACGAGGCUAUCGCUCGGCAAUAUGCAGUAGAGGACGACCGCUCGCUCACGCCGGACAGCGCGAAGCGGCUGCAAGAAAUGUAUCAUGACGAAUUCUUCCAUCGCCUCAGAGGGGAAAGUUUCUUGCAUAGAACUAUAGGGUGGAAGGAAUUCCUGAAGUAUGCAGAUGCAAAGGAAGCUGAGCUAUGGCGUAUCUUCCAUAAUGACUUGGACCUGGAUGGCAAUGGUCGUUUAGAUGUCGAUGAGCUCGCGUCCGCAUUGCAGAAAGCCGGAAUAACACUCGAACCUACCACCCUUACGGAGUUUAUGACGACAUUGUGUUCGUCCCCCCAUUCACACGCGAUCAGCUUUCAAGAAUUCCGCGAUUUCCUGCUGUUAAUGCCUAGGAAGGCUUCUACGGCAGAAAUCUUUCGGUACUACAAGGUUAAGAAGUUCAUGGGGGAUGACGGUAGAGGGGCUGCGCGUGUCAACAUGGAAGGUGAUGUCACACUGAGUGCAGAAGACAUGUCUACCGGGUCGAAACGGCAUCAAUCAUUAUCAAGCAGACAAACUGAAGCACCUCCUACACCCGUUGAUUUCGAGGCGGACGACCUGGAAGAAGAUCCCACGGUCGAUGAGGACGAGUUCUAUCACGAGGAAGAAGACGAUGAGCACCAUUACUGGUUGCACAUCCCCACAGCGGCCAAAUUUCUACUUGCAGGUGGUGUUGCAGGCGCCGUAUCGCGAACGUGUACAGCGCCCUUUGAUCGACUAAAGAUAUUCCUGAUCACUCGACCACUAGAUCUGGGGGGCGCCUCGUUGAGUCCGCAAGCACCUGUCCGUGGCUUGCAGGCGAUAGGAGGUGCCGUCAGACGAAUAUACGCGGAGGGCGGCGUACGGGGAUUUUGGACCGGCAACGGACUCUCCGUAGUGAAGAUCUUGCCAGAGUCGGCCAUAAAGUUCUUCGCCUACGAAUCAUCUAAACGGCUGUUUGCCAAGUAUGUUGACAAGGUGGACGAUUCACGCAAUAUUAGUGGAGUCAGCAGGUUCCUUUCUGGAGGCAUUGGGGGUCUCUCUAGUCAACUGAGUAUAUAUCCGAUCGAGACAAUGAAGACCCAAUUAAUGAGCAACACCGGAGAGAGGCGUAUUUUAAGAGAAGCUGCGAAACAGCUGUAUCAGCUUGGCGGUGUACGCGCGUUCUACAGAGGCCUGACUAUCGGCCUCGUUGGUGUCUUCCCAUACUCUGCCAUUGACAUGAGUACCUUUGAGGCUUUGAAACUCGCCUAUCUGCGAUCGACGGGCAAGGAAGAGCCGGGCGUUCUCGUUCUGCUGAUGUGCGGCAGCGUAUCAGGCAGCAUCGGCGCCACGAGCGUGUAUCCGCUUAAUCUGGUCCGGACGCGUCUGCAAGCGUCUGGAUCGCCGGGACAUCCGCAUAGAUACACUGGCAUUAUGGACGUUGUGCAGCAAACGUAUUCUCGGGACGGCUGGAGAGGGUUCUACCGUGGGCUUGUGCCUACACUUGCCAAGGUGGUUCCUGCGGUCUCGAUAUCAUAUGUCGUGUAUGAAUCUAGCAAACGGAAGUGA